ACUGACAAGAAAAAUAAACGACAUCACACAUUCUAAUUGCAAGACGCUGUAGAAUUUUUUGUUAUUUGGUGGUGUAAAAAUAAUAAACUACAAAACAUGGCAUACGACGCAGCACACGACGAUGGUCCAGGAUUUGUCGGUAUUCGUUUCUGUCAGGAAUGCAACAACAUGCUGUACCCAAAGGAAGACAAAGAAAACAAAGUGCUGCUGUAUGCGUGCCGAAACUGUGACUACAAACAGGAAGCGGAUUCCAACUGUAUCUAUGUGAACAAAAUUAUGCACGAAAUCGACGAACUAACUCAUAUUGUGCCGGAUGUGAUAUCGGAUCCGACGCUACCUCGAACAGAGGAACACGCUUGUCCCAAGUGUUCCCACCGAGAAGCAGUAUUUUUCCAGGCUCAGACUCGACGAGCUGAAGAGGAAAUGAGACUGUACUAUGUGUGUACCAAUCCCAACUGCUGUCAUCGUUGGACCGAGUGAAUUAUUCAGAAUUUUAAUUUAGAGUUACUCUGGCUUAUAUUUUAGCCUCACUAUGUAAAAUUGAAAACCGAAAAUCAAAGACAUGGUUUAAUAUGACUAGUUCUUUUUCUGAA